UAGUUGCUGGACGGAGAAGCCGGCGCUGCUUCUGUUUCCUGGUGAGUGGAUGUAAACAGAAGGAGGACGUUCACCUGUGGAUGGUAGCAGCAGCAGCAGCAGCAGCAGCAGUGGUAGCAACCAUGAGCAGACUGGAGCUGUUGAACGUGUUUGUGAACGACAGGCUGGCGGCGGCCGGGGAGGAGAUCGUCCGCGCCGUCAAAGACGCGCUGGUCGAGUAUCAGAGUGAGAUCCUUCGCUCCAAGGAGGAGAACGAGCGGCUCAGACGACUCCUGAAUGUGGCCGUGCAGCGGCUGCUGCUGCAGCAGACAGGUGAACAGCAGCGGACAAGUGAACACCAGCGGACAGAACCUGUUCCCACUGUCCAUCCCCAAGAUGAUGGCCAGCCCUGUGAGUGGAGGAGCAGUGUGGAGCUGCUGCCUCAGGUUAAAGAAGAACCAAACCUCAGAAACAUCCAAAUAGAUUGUUCAUAUGAGGCAAGAGACUCAGAAGAAGGGAACUGCAGUCACACAGAGACAGUACAAGGGUCACUUCCUCUGCCAGCUGAGACUGUGUGCAGCAGACAAAGUGUCUCCCCACCUCAACUCACAUCCCAUGAGUUUAAGACAGAGGGCGACAGGAAAGAGCACUCUUCCAACAGCUUAGCAUCCUCUCUGACUGAUCACACAGACUGUAGCCUGGCUCAGAAUGACUCUUGCUCCAGUGCAGCAAAGAGUCACAGAACUCAGAAAGCAGAGCACCAGGUUAAAGGGUUACUCUGCUCAAAUGGAAAACAGAGUGUACACGUCCUGCAGAUAAAGAAUGUGAGAUCCCUAAAGCCUCCGCUGCCUCGCGCCUCUCACCCAAGCCAGAGCAUCCAGAGGUGGCACAGCUGUAAAGAGUGUGGGAAAGGCUUCAGCUUCGCCUGCCAGCUGGAGGUCCACAUGCGUUGGCAUACUAAGGAGAAGCCAUACAGUUGCACGGUGUGUCGCAAGAGCUUCACCACAGUUAGCAUGCUGAAGAGGCACCACCGCAUCCACACUGGAGAAAAGCCCUUCCGCUGCCACGUCUGUGGGAAAUGUUUCAACCAGUCGGCACACCUCAACACCCACUUCAGGCUCCACACCAGAGAGAGGAGCAGCUGGGGCCGAACAUCGCACACCAAGUGAUUCCGAGCAACAGGAAAUCAAUUCGUCAACUAAUAAUAACUUCCCGAAACUGUGGAAAAUUGAAACUUUCUGGCUCACACAGUGUACGAAACUGGUGUUUGAUUGUGUGUUAUUGUUCAACAUUGUUAUUGUUGUGCAAUAAAAUGUGGCAUACGACAUUUUCAGUGACACUGAUUGCACUUAACAGAACAUAUUUGUGCCACAUUUUACUCACCUGUGUCAUAGUCAAAUACAGACAAAGCUGUAACAAAUCACAAAUACAGGCAUUAAUAACAAUAAAUAAAGUAAAAGUAUGAACUUUAUGAACUCUUUCUGCUAUGACCAACCAGAAAAGGUCCGACUCUAUUAUUGUUAUAAAGUAUAACAUAAAUAUCCCUUUUGAUUUAUAUUUGACAUCGUGCUGUGUUGGUUAGCACUGCUUCCUCAUAACAAGAAGGUCAAUGGUUUGACCUUUCUGUGUGGAGUUUGCAUGUUGUCCUGAGGCCAGUGUGGUUUCUCUCCCACAGUCCAAAAACAUGCAGAUUGUGAUUAUGUUAAAUGUGGACUCGAAACCGACCGCAGGUGUGCACGUGGGUGUGAGUGGCUAAAAAGGGUGACCUCUCCAGGAUAUCUCCACACUGCCUCAAACCCACUGUCGGCUGAGAUUAGCUUUAGCUCACUCUGGGGGCUUUCAUUUGCCGCAGCACAACACACUAUGGUUUCAUGUUUUAUUUUUAUUUUUUUAAAUGAAGCUACACAACAGAUUUCAACUGUCAUUAUUGAUGGUUCAGAAUCAACUAAAAGAUAAAUGAAAAGUAUUUUGUUGUGUGAUGAAGAUAUGGUGUACAUUUGUGGACAAUGAAACUGUUGUGGAAAGAGUCAGAGUCACAUCCGGUUGCCUUACAGUAGUUUCAUAUGGAAGUCAGGUUAUGUGACGUAAAACAUCCCACUUGAUUCCACGUAAUGUCAUAAUUGCAUCAGAAAACCUUUUUUAAAAAAGAAGAAGAAAACCACAUUACAGUGUAAUUUAGUUCAAAGCCCAGAAAAAGCGUUUUCCUAUGAUUGAUGUCACAAUCGCAAGGUCUUGGUCUUUCUUGGGAACAAGGAUAUUUUAUAUUAAAACACUAUACUAUG